AUGUUUAAUCUUGAUCUGCUCUUACAACAUAUAAAAGUAUUUACUUAUUUGUCCAGUAAAACCACUAUAAUUAUCUGGAGAAAAGUCAAUGAAAAUAUUCCCAUAAAUGAUUUCAGUCGAACAAUUAAAGGGUUAGAAUUUUUGGUAGAUCCAAUCCUCAUUCGUGAUAUCAAAAUUGAGUUUUGA